GCUUCGCUUGCGCGAUAGCGUCACGAAAUCAUGCGCCGAGCAUGGGUCACAGCCAUCUCGCUCCUGUGGCACGAGCUUCGGACCAUUCCCCGCCAAUAUCUCUUCGCCGUGUGACCUCAGCGGGCAGCACAGGCUGCUACACCACCGGCGUGGCUUCAUCCGGCUUCGUCGCGUCUGCCAGUCUCUCGCUGCAUUGCACGAUACCGGCGAAUGGAGGCGACAUCCAGUUCCGGCCUCGGCCCCGACCUGGAGCGUCGCAGAAGUACCGCCAACAUACGACGUAGACAUUCCUUACUAGCCUUGGGUAUUCAUCUUGGACAACGCCAUUCCACGUCUCCUUGCCUGCGAACUCGCCAUAUACAUACGCACACAUAUAUAUAUGCGCACCUACGAGGCCUGACGCCCGCCCAAUUGCUCGGUAUCUCCCCCCGUCCCCUUCCCCAAAUACCAGCGAUAGCCGGCGCAUCGUUCGCAUACGCCACACUUCCAUUUGUCGAUUUCGCCCCACGUUGGGUAUCUACAGGCUCUCGGCAUCGUCUAAUUGGGCAACCCGUAGGGAACGGGAAACAAGCGACCAGGUGUGGCAGGGGGAGAAGUAGGGGGGAAGGGCUGAACGGCUCUCCCCGUGCUCCUCCUCCUCCCUGCUCCAACAUAUUUAGUAGCUUGCCGUGUGGGCGUCCACAUCGACAAAGCCACGAACUAAUCCCGCCGUUGGUUUGUCCACCGCUAUCUACGCGUGCCCUCUUCGCUUACCGACUUCCUUGUGGUCAGGAGAAAGCUGGGUGCUCGCCCUACCCUCUUUCUAGCUCCCCCGUAGAAUCGACCGUAACCGCCAGAAAGCAAUCUCUUAGGUGGCCAGCGGAGGAGCACACAGUUCGCGAUCUCACUCUCAGCAAUAGCUUAUCCAUGCCAAUCACGACCAGCACAGUGUGUAUGAAGCCGUGCCUGACCCGCGGAUGACUGUCCAACCAAGACCUCUGUAUCGAAAGGCUUCACACCCGACACCGCCGGCUGCAUAGGUGGUUUCAAACCUACCCCGAGUCUUGGAAACCCGCAUCUUGUUUCUCCUGCUCGACCUACAUCAACCCCACAAAAUGCUCUCUCGUCGUGUACUCGCCUUUCGGUCGGCCGCGACCUAGGCGCGAUUGCAUCAUGAACUACCCUCUAGAC